AUGGAUCAUAGAGAAGGCGGUGGGAUGAACCCACCAGCGUCUCUUCAAGGACUUGGUAUUGAUUCAACCAAUACCACAGAUACAUUAGUAGAUAUUGACUUAAACAACAACAACAACAAUAAUAAUCGUAAUACGAAUAUUGAUGUUGCCAGUUCAUCAGAAGAGGAGAGAAGAAGACGACAGGAUACAUUAGGUUGGAUUUUAGAUCAACAAAGUAAUAACGGAUCAGAGUCUGGAAAGAGUCCGACCAUUAUGGAUAAUGAUAAUGUACCAUUGCCAUCGGCCAAAUCAGCUGAUGGUAUAAGUCAACCACCAAAUAACAAUAACAAUAAUAGUUCAACAUCAACAUCUACGACAACGACGACUACGACUACAUCAUCAUCAUCACCACCAUCAUCAUCUUCACAAUUACAACAAUUACAACGCAUGUCAUCACACAAUAGCAGCCGAAGUGGCAGCAAGAGUAGUUUGAGCGAUAGUAGCGACGGUAUUGGCAAUAAUGGAGUCACCACAAGACAAACCUCGUCACCAUCGUUUAGUGGUGGCAAGGCCAAGGGAACCUCACCAACAGGUCCCAAAAAGAGUUCGUCGUUGCGUAAUAGCAAGCCAAAGAAAUCGGCCAAGCCUCUCAAAAAACACAAAAAGAAGAAAUACGUUGGCAACAGUCGUAGCAUCUAUAUCAACGACGGUCCACAAAACAUCGUCUCCAAGUUUUGUGAUAAUCGUAUCAAAACGACAAAGUACUCUGUGUGGUCAUUCAUCCCAAAGAAUUUGUACGAACAAUUUAGAAGAGUUGCCAACUUUUAUUUCCUUGUCAUUGCCAUCAUUCAACUCAUCCCUGGUAUCUCUCCAGUCAAUCCAUAUACUACUUGGUUACCUCUACUUUUUGUAUUAGCAGUUACUGCUGUUAAAGAAGGUAUUGAAGAUUGGAAACGUAGACAAUCAGAUAACAAAGUAAAUAAUUUAUUAGGAAAAGUUCUAAGAGGACAAGAAUUUAUUGAAAUACCAUGGAAAGAGAUCAAGGUUGGAGAUGUUGUAAAGGUGAACAAGGGAGAAAGAUUCCCAGCAGAUUUGGUGAUUUUAAACAGCUCUGAACAACAUGGAGUAUGUUAUAUCGAAACCUCGAAUCUUGAUGGUGAAACCAAUCUCAAGCAACGUCAGGCCAUUCCACAAACAUUUGAAUUCCUCCGAAAUGAAGAGGAUCUAUCACUCUUUAGAGGUUUCAUCGAAUGCGAACAUCCAAACAAUGUCAUUUACGUUUUCCACGGUGCCAUUGCUUUGGGUACCAAUCCAAACGACACCAAAUACCCUCUCAACAAUAGUCAAACCCUUUUACGUGGUUGUGUAUUACGUAAUACUGAAUGGAUUUAUGGUUCUGUUGUUUAUACUGGUGAAGAUACUAAAAUUAUGCAAAAUUCAACUGAUGCACCAUCAAAAAGAUCAACAUUGGAAAAAUUAGUAAACAGAGGUUUAAUUAAUUUGUUUAGUGUAAUGUUUGUAGUUUGUGUGAUAUCUACGAUUGUUAGUAUUGUAUGGACCAAUCAAAACAAGGUGGAUGCUUGGUAUUUGGGAUUCAACGACAAGUCGACACAAGACGCAGCCAAAAACUUUUUGACAUUUAUGAUUACUUUUGCCGUUAUGAUUCCUAUUUCAUUGUAUGUGUCUUUGGAAUUGGUCAAGGUUGCACAGGCUGUCUUUAUCUCUUGGGAUCUUGACAUGUAUCAUGCUGAAUCAGACACACCUGCACGUUCACGUACAUCCAACUUGUCGGAAGAACUCGGUCAAAUCGAGUACAUCUUUUCCGAUAAAACCGGUACACUUACACGUAACCAAAUGGACUUUUUAAAGUGCUCUGUUGGUCGUAUGAGUUAUGGUUCGUAUAGUCUUGCACAAAACAGCGGGACCAAUAACUAUGACUCGGUCGACUCGUUAAAGCUUGGUGACGGCAAGGGCUCGUACUCGGGCAGCAUCAACAAGGUGCCCGACUUUAUGAGCGAGCCGCUACCUGGCGCAGACCCCAACUUUGGGUUCCGCGACCGUCGUCUCCUCGACCACCUCAACGAGGCCGGUUCCGAGCAGAGCGAACUCAUCCACCAGCUGCUUACCCUCUUGUCAGUGUGUCACAGCGUCAUCCCCGAUCGUCCCAACCGCGACGACUCGGUCAUUGUCUAUGAAGCCAGCUCGCCCGAUGAAGCUGCCUUGGUUACCGCCGCCAAGAACCUCGGCUACGCCUUUUACAACCGUGAACCAUCUGCAGUGCUGGUCAACCAACGUGGCCAGAUUGUCCGUUACGAGUUCCUCAACAUCCUCGAGUUUAACAGCGACCGUAAGCGUAUGUCUGUCAUUGUACGUGAUCCCAAGGGCCGUAUUGUCAUCUACACCAAGGGUGCCGAUACCACCGUCCUACCACUGCUCCGCAAGGACAUGAUCGACAUUCAAGCCGUCACACUCGAGUUUUUGCAAGACUUUGCUGCCGAGGGUCUCCGUACUCUCUGCUGCGCAUACGCCUACAUUGAAGAAGACGCCUAUGUCAAGUGGAACGAGCUGUACAAGGAGGCCGCCGUGGCCAUCCAAGACCGUGACGCCAAGGUCGACAAGGUUGCCGAGCUCAUUGAACGCGACCUCUGUCUCAUCGGUUCCACAGCCAUUGAAGACAAGCUCCAAGUUGGUGUACCACAAGCUAUUGCCAACUUGGCCAAAGCCAACAUCAAAUUGUGGGUACUCACAGGUGACAAACAAGAAACUGCCAUCAAUAUUGGUUUCUCGUGUCAUUUACUCACAUCCGACAUGAAGAUCAUCAUCCUCAACGGCAAGACUGUUGAAGAGGUGGAAGAACAGAUCAACGGUGCCAAUGACGCCUACUUUUCCGACAAUCCAGUUGAAUUCCCCAACAAUGGCUUUGCACUCGUCGUCGAGGGCAGCUGUCUCAACUUUGCACUCGAGGGGUCACUCAAGGACAACUUCCUUGACCUCGCAUCUAGUUGCAAGUCUGUCAUUUGCUGUCGUACCACCCCACUCCAAAAAGCACAAGUCGUCAAGGUUGUCCGUGACCAAUUGCGUGCCGUCACGCUCGCUAUUGGUGAUGGUGCCAACGAUGUUUCCAUGAUUCAGGCAGCACACAUUGGUGUCGGUAUCUCGGGUAACGAAGGUAUGCAGGCUGUUAUGGCAUCUGACUACUCGAUCGCCCAGUUCCGUUUCCUCUACAAGUUGGUCGUCGCACACGGUCGUUGGGAUUACAAGCGUAACAGUCGCCUCAUCCUCUACUGCUUUUACAAAAACAUGGUGUUUGCCAUGACGCAGUUUUGGUUUGGUUUGUUUAACGCCUUUUCCGCUCAAACCAUCUACGACUCUCUUUCCAUCGCCGUCUUUAACGUUAUUUUCACCGGUCUCCCUAUCAUUGUCUAUGCCAUCCUCGAUCAAGAUGUCUCUGCCCAGUCGUCCAUGCAAUACCCCCAACUCUACAAGUCGGGCCAAAAGGAUUCAGAGUUUAACCUCAAAGUACUUUGGGUGUGGCUCGUUGAAGGAUGGUCUCACUCUGUCGUCAUCUUUUUCAUGGCCUAUGGUAUCUAUAGUUAUGGCGCCAACGUUCUCUCCAACGGUCAAACACUCGAUAUUUGGGCUAUGGGUCAAACCAUCUUUAUCCUCGUCGUCAUCACUGUCAACCUCAAGCUCGCACUCGAGACUCGUUACUGGACUUGGCUCACCCACUUUUCCAUCUGGGGUAGCAUCCUCAUUUGGUUCCUCUGGCAAGCUAUCCUCGCCUCGAUCCAAGCUGCUGGUGCAUCUGCCACAGGUGAGGUCUACCAAAUCGCCUACCAUCUCUGGGCAUCGCCCCUCUUUUGGCUCGGUCUAUUCUGUAUCCCCAUCAUUUGUCUCGUGCCCGACAGUCUCUACAAGAUCAUCCAGCGUGACUUCUUCCCCUACCCCUACCAGAUCGUCCAAGAACUCGAGCGUGUCAAUGGCAAGCCCGACCAGAUCGCAUGGGCCGAGAAGGGUAUGAACGGUGCUCAAGGCAUGGAACAAUUCAAGGUGGUCGACAUGAAGCAAAAAAAGGCUCGUGGUAAACUCCCCUUUCUCACUUGGAUAAAGUCAAACAAGGUUUCAAAAAAUAAUACUGGUUAUGCUUUUACUCAUGGAAAUGAAGUUGCAAAUACUAAUCUUCAAUUAUAA